CAGCUUGCGUCACAGCCUCAGAGCAGAGAAGAGCGGCUGGGGAGCGCGAGGCGACUUUGAAGGGAGGACCGGUGCGGGCCAGGCUCGCCCACCACCCAGCCCCUCGGCUCUUCUCCUCCAGCUCCUCUCUCUGCCCUGCCUUAUCCCCUCAAACUCCCGAUUUAGCUAAAGGAAGGAGGUAGGGGGAACCUUUCCCCUCCCCCUCCGAAAAAAAUAAUAAAGUAAAACUUUUGCAGCCCGGAGCACGCCGGGGCGCCUUUAGUCUCCCGACUGGUCAUGGAGCUAUUGUGCUGCGAGGUGGACCCUGUGCGCAGGGCCGUGCCGGACCGCAACCUGCUGGACGACCGCGUCCUGCAGAAUCUGCUCACCAUCGAGGAGCGCUACCUUCCGCAGUGCUCCUACUUCAAGUGUGUGCAGAAGGAUAUCCAGCCCUACAUGCGCAGGAUGGUGGCCACCUGGAUGCUGGAGGUCUGCGAGGAACAGAAGUGUGAGGAGGAAGUCUUCCCUUUGGCCAUGAAUUACCUGGACCGCUUCUUAGCCGGGGUCCCUACCCCGAAGACUCACCUGCAGCUCCUGGGUGCUGUCUGCAUGUUUCUAGCUUCCAAGCUCAAAGAGACCAUCCCCCUGACCGCGGAGAAGCUGUGCAUUUACACCGACAACUCCAUCAAGCCCCAGGAGCUGCUGGAGUGGGAGCUGGUGGUGCUGGGCAAGUUGAAGUGGAACCUGGCUGCAGUCACCCCUCACGACUUCAUCGAACACAUCCUUCGCAAGCUGCCCCAGCAGAGGGAGAAGCUGUCCCUGAUCCGCAAGCAUGCGCAGACUUUCAUCGCUUUGUGCGCCACGGACUUUAAGUUCGCCAUGUAUCCGCCAUCAAUGAUCGCAACUGGAAGCGUGGGAGCAGCCAUCUGUGGGCUCCAGCAGGACGAGGAAGUGAGCUCCCUCACCUGUGAUGCCCUGACUGAGCUGUUGGCCAAGAUCACCAACACAGAUGUGGAUUGUCUCAAAGCCUGCCAGGAGCAGAUCGAGGCUGUGCUGCUCAACAGCCUGCAGCAGUUCCGUCAGGAGCAGCGUGACGGAUCCAAGUCAGAGGACGAACUGGACCAAGCCACCACGCCCACAGACGUGCGGGACAUCGACCUGUGAGGACGCCCUGCGGGCCCUGCAGAAGAGGCACGGUCACCAUCUGCUCUCGCCUUUUCUGGUUGUGUUUUGUUCUUUUGUGUUUUAGGAUGAAACUUUAAAAAAAAAAUUUUUUUUGCCCUCACCUAGAUCAUAUUUAAAGAUCUUUUAGAAGUGAGAGAAAAAGGUCCUAUGAAAACCAUAUAAUUAAAAGCAUUUGGUGCCUAUUCAAAGUACAACAUAAGGGAAUCCCUUGUAUACUCAAAGUUACUGUUUGACUGUGUAAAAGUAAUAGUAAAAUGCUUAUGAGAAAAUCUGCAGAGUAGCUAGAAGAUAUGUACACCUGCAAUAUGGGAACAAAUUAGAGGAAACUCUGUUGAUGAUGUUGAACUAGCACAUAGGCCCCUUUUAGAAUAAUUGCAAGAAACUGUAUGUGCCAUGUAUGGCAAGAUUAGAUUGCAAAGCAAUGAACUCAAGAAGGAAUUAGAAACAAGGAGGGACAUGGUGGGGAGGGGGUACAAACAAUCUGUCCACAUGACUGAACCAUUUGCAUGCGGAAACACCUUCCUGCCAAGCUGUGUGUUACAAAGCAGGAGUGUUGGUGGGUUUCUGCAUUUGUAUUUGUGCUAUCCACAGCAGCUGCUACCUAAAAGAUGUUGCAUUUUGCCAGUGGGCCACAGGCGAUUGGCUCCCAGGCUUCAUGUUUGGCGACUUCCUUCUUACAAACGUUCAUUGCAGACACCGCUGUAUUGUUAGCUAGUGGAGAAACUUAGCUAUGGGCCGUGGCCAAAACUCAUCUGAAAUGGAGGCAGACAGAAACCUAGGGUGGGACCCGGAAUGGAAUCUUCUCUUCUGUCAGAGGGUGAGGUGACCCUGGAAUCCUUGAUUAGGAAAAAAUUUGUGGUUUUUUUGGUGCUGAUUGGCAUGUGUGGUCCACAACUUAGCAUUGUUAUAAACCAUUCCAUUCGAAAAAGCACUUUGAAGAAUUGUUCCCAAGGGGUAGAUGGGAUGGUUUAUGCAAAUCACGCUGAAUACUCCUUCCCUCUUCAAUUUGCCCUUUUGCUUCCUGCCCCGAGUCUGGUUUUGUUCACUUCCGGAAUCUGACAUCCUUUGGUACAGAGAGCUCUGUUACCCUACCUGGGCUCAGGAGAUGGUCCUUGCCGCUGACACUGCGGUCACGACAUUCCUCGGAAACACCUCCAAACAGCUCUGUUACCAUUGUUACAGCAUAGAAGGAUCUGAAUUCCCGUCUGUAGCCUUCUCCUUUGGACAUGGAAAGAAAAGUUAUUGCUGGUGCAGAGACAAGAUGGCUAAACAUCAGGGUGUGGCACUUUGUCCCCUUUUCUGUUUUUUUGUUAAUUUUAUUACAAAGUUGUAUUCAGCGUACUUGAAUUUCCUUUUUCUCUCCACUUCUUAGAGGCAUUCAGUUAGAGGUUGGAGCCACAACUUGGGUUUGUUUUCUGAUUUUUUUUUUUUUUUUUUUUUUUUUUUGCACAAUGGUAAUUGACAGGUAAUGAAGCUAUUUGUUAAAAUAUUUGCUUUUUUUUAAGUAAAAGAAAAAUCAGAACAGUGCUACUUUGAAGAGUAUUUUAUACGCAGAUUCUGCCUUGUUUCAUAGUGUGAGGGUUGAAGAUGGAGAAACAUCUAAGGGUCUCUUAUCUUUCAUUUUAUUUUGUUCAGUUUAUUAUUAUUAUUUUUUGCGCUGCUAAGAAGCUAAGAUCGUUCAUCCUUAUUCACAUUAACAGUACCUAGCUGUAAUGUUCACAGAGUGUGCUGCUAUUUUAUAAACAUUUUUUAUAAUAUAUUAUUUUACCGCUUAAAUUCAAGUUCUGAAGUAGAUGGUUAAGAUAUGAGUUCUUUGUACUGGAAAAGCCCUUCCAUAGUUUGUUUUCUUCUAGUAGCGUAUUCAUGGUUUUUCUUUAAUUUUUUUUGCUUUUUGGUUUUUCUGUUUUUGUUUUUUUCCUCUGAUCACAUUCUUCAAAGACAGAGUACUCUUUACCUCAGGUUUACUGGACAAAAUCAAUACUACAGAGGACAGUGAUUCACAGUUUUGUUUUCAUGAUACCUCACAAGCUUACAGAUUCUCCUUAGGAACCCACCGGCGGGAGGAGCAGGGCACAGGAGGGGCGGCUGGACACCCCCUCCUGUGGUAGCAGGGGCGUUUGUCCCCGGGGUCUCACACCCAGGGACCCUUUCAGUCAUGAAGGUCACCAGGUUCACAGGUUCACUCCGGUAUCCUCAUCAUGAUGGAAAAAAUGCAUUGAACCAAGGGUGCCUCCCUCCCUUACACACACAUACACACACGUGCACACACGGUAGACGUUCCCACAGACACCCACGUAGUGGGUCUGGAAGCCGUGAGUCCCACGGGGGCACGAGUCCCCAGGAGGCUGCCGGGAAGAGUCCCCGCAGGCUCCCGAUAGAGGGAGCACCGUCCUCACCCUGCCGGGCCAGAGCUUUCUAUUGCAUUAAGGCCCCUUCAUCUCCAGUCUCCGGGUUCUUCUCUAUCUGCGCCCUUCCCUAACAGACACCUCAGGGUAGGAUCAUCUCCAAGGCUUCCUGAAGCUGCACGCUGAUUAGUCUGCAGCAUUCCUGGUGUUGAUUCUCCCAUCAGGUCCCCUGCGGGGUGGCGUGGAAGGGUGCCACACAGAUGGGGCAGGACAGGAAGGACAGCUGAGAGGGGUCAGAUGAGUACAGGAUGGAGGUUGAGGGCAGGUGAGGAGUGCUCCUAUGAAAGGACGCAGUUGCACAUGAGCCGGUCUCUGAAGGGAGAGUGGGGGUGCUCAGGACUUCUGAGUGAGUGUAACCCUGAAACGCGAAGGUGUUUCCGGUGGGGCAUUAGGUGGCGAAUCUGAAAGUUUGGGAGAGGAAAGGUGAGCAGCUGGUGGUCAGCCAGUGUUCUAUCCGGAAUCCUCAUGGCACAAGACACCUUUCAUGUCCCUAGGGAGCCCUACUGUACCAGGAAGGCCCAAACCAGAGUCCUCAGGGGACACGGGAAGCCCAUUGAGAAAAUGGGGUGCAUAUUUCUGAACAGUGGCCAACCCUUGAGCUUAAACAGAAGCAGUGAACGCAAGAACCUUAACAAAUAAGCCAGCAGGUCCCUGUCCACUGUUCCUGAAGGCCAUAUGUCCUGGACCCAUCUAGCUGUUCCUCUUUUUUGUCCUUGGAGUGUAGUUUGACUGUGGAUGUGGGGUUACCUGGCUUUGUUCCCUGCUCCCUGCUUGUACAGAAGAAGGGAGCCUGCAUCCCCAGAAUGACUGAUCUCCCUGGAGCUUGGCCUCUUUUGUAGGAGUUUUUAUCCCAGAGGGUCUCAGUUCUCCCCAUGGAUUUGAGCUUGCUCUCUCUCUCUCUCCCUCUCUCUUUCUCUCUCUCUUCUUCCUCCUUUGGCCCCUUUCCCCUUCCUACUUUCCACUAGAGGGAAUUCUACUUUUAUUCUGGUCUUUUUCUGUUUUGUUGUCUCGUCUUUAUUUCCUCCAUUUGUUUUUCUCCAUCAGUGGGGGCUGAGUUGUUCCCUUUGCCUGCCAAAUUUUGAUUCUUCUCCUGUUUUGACCAAACCCUCGGGGAGAGAAAACCUAGUAUGCCAAAAAUAUAUGCUAAGCGUAAGAAAAUUCCUUACAGGUUCAGAAAAGCCAGGAAGCGUGCAGGAGGACCCGAGGGGCAGUUCCUUUGGCCACCCCUUGAGUGGGUUUGUGAGGCUGCUUUUUUUUAGGUUCACCUGCCCAGAAGCCCACUGAAUGGAAUGAGGGGACCUUUGGUCUGUGUGCUCUCUCUUCUGCCUCUGAUCAGUCCAGUUAGGGUACUGCUGGCAGGAUGGGCAACUCCUCAGCAGGAGCUGGGCGGCUGUCCUGCCGUCUGGCCCCCUUGCAGAGGGUCCUGGGGGGGCCAUGGGACUGACAGAUGAAAAUUGGAGGACUUUCUCAGAGGACAGGAGAUUUUCCUCUCCACGGACUGUUGGGGACAGGGCUGGGAAAAGACACUUGCACCUUAUGUCCUGUAAAUACUGAUUUUCUAGUUCAAGAAGGCAAUAUUGAUAGUGUGGGAAUUGGAGGGAGGAAGGAGGAAGAAGUCUGAGUAAGCCAGUUGACUUUGAAGCCAAAAGGAUUCCUCUCUGUUUAUCUUUGAGACAGUCCAACCUGGGGAAUAGCUUUAAAAGGGAAAUCAAUGCCAAGACAGUGAAGUUCCCGGAAGCCAGCAAACCUCCCAGAGCUGUAGACAGAGUGCGGUUUCUGUUGGUGGAGGUGCAGAGCAGCUUCUGAGAGCUGAAGGGACAGUGCUCCGUCAGUGCGCAAUAGCGUAGCAAGACCUGAGAAGAUGCUUAAUGCUUCCUCACAUCAGGUAGCUUCAGCCAGGACUGAUCUCCUGUCUCUGUGCAUCUCUGCUUUUUUAAACAUGGCUGGGCUAUCAGACCCUGUUCUUGGCUCAGGUUUCAAGAAGCCAUCAGCAAAUGCGUACAUGCGCACUGUAGCUGCAGCCUCCAAUCCUCUGCAGCCUCCUCUGGGGAAUAAAGUGCCUUACUGACUGUAGCCAUUACAGUGUCCAUUGCAUUUUGACAGAUGCCUGUCCUUGGAAAAGAAAAAGUUUCUCUUUCAUUUUUAAUUGGUUUUAGUUCAUCCUGCUGGCCAACUCAAACAUCCCCAGCCAAUCACCAGGCCAUUGGAUUUUUUCCAUUAUGUUCAUUACCCUUGUGUCACGUACCUCAGAUCUCUCUAUCUCUCUCAGUUAGAGUUUCUUGUCUUGGAUUCUUUUUUUUUCUUCUUCUUUUAAUUUGCUUUAAAACAAGUGUGAUGCCAUAUCGAGUCAAUGUUAUUCUCUCACAGUGUACUCUAUAAGAGGUGUGGGUGUUUAUUUGGUCGGGAUGCUAGAAAGUGCUUAAGUAGCAUGAUCAGUGUGAGCAAAAGAGGUUUUUAGGAAGUAUGGAAAAAAUGUUGUAUUGGCUGCCUGUGAAGGGGUUUUAUCUGGUCAGUGUCACGCCAUUUUAAAAAGUAAUAACCUGUUCUUCUGACUAGUGUGGAGGUGGAUUUGAAGGUGGAUUUGAAAAUGGUGUUGAAUGCAAUUAGGUUAUGCUAUUUGGACAAUAAACUCACCUUGACCUAA